AUGAACGAAUUAAUCAACUACUGUAAUGAUAAAAGAAUUAACGGAAUAAUUACACUAUAUGAUUUCGAAAAAGCUUUUGACUCGAUCUCACACGGUUCAAUACUCAGAUCACUACAACACAUAUACAUUCCAACCAAUAUAAUCAACCUGAUAAUGAAUCUACUCACCAAAUCUGAAGCAAGAAUUGAAAUUAAUGGUAGAACUACUAUACCCUUUGAGAUCAAAAGAGGAGUUAAACAAGGAGAUCCACUAUCACCCACCCUGUUCAUCCUUGUAAUAGAGGCUUUAGCUAGAAAAAUUUUACAAGAUGACCGAAUUACUGGCCUUCCUCUAAACAACAGCAACCACAGAGAGAAAUUCCAAAGCUUUGCAGACGACUCGGCUUCAAUGGUCCCAGACUCUCAAUAA